UCCGAGGCUAAUACAUAUGGACGACAUUCUUCGACCAGAAAUUUUCCAUUUGAACGGAAGGUUGUAUCGAAAGAAUCCAGUCAAUACUGACGAUGAAAUAUCAACAGAUCGUUGGCUUGAAACUGGAGCAGGUGAAGUUGCAAGUCAGCUGCAAUUAGAAGAUAUACCUGAUGAUGAAGAAACGAGUCACCUAACAAAAACAUCAGAAGGAUUCCAAGUGAGUUUAUCACUGCCAAGUGCCUUCUAUAAGUUCAUCAUUGGAAGGCAAGGCGAGACAAAGAAACAACUGGAACGUGAGACAAAAACUUCAAUAAAAGUCCCAAGCAAGGGCUCAACUGCAGCUGCUAAUAUUGUAAUCACAGGGUCUGAUCGAAGUGGUGUAUUGGCUGCCACAAGACGUGUUCAGAUGCUUGGUGAUGAAGGGCGUUCCAGACAUGAAUGGACUCACUUCCUAUCUAUUCCUCUUAAUACAACUUCAAUUAUGAAACAAUUUGAACAGUUCAAAGAGGCAGUCAUGACUACGUGUGCUCAUGCACAAGGACUGGAUUCAUCGAUUUUUCAAAAUCCACACAAGCUGCACCUAACAAUUGGAGUGUUAAAACUGUGUUCUCACGAGGAAGAAGAGAAAGCUUGUGAUUUACUUUCUGAAUGCUCAAGGACUGUCGUCAAAAGUGAGUUAUGUGGCCGACCAGCCAUUAUACAGAUACAAGGACUUGAAUACAUGAACGACGAUCCUUCGGCAGUAGACGUUCUCUACGGGAAAGUCUCUUUAGCCGAUGGAUCGGACAGAUUACAAUGUUUGGUAGACCAACUCGUAAAGCAUUUUACUGAUGCAGGACUCAUGCAGCAGGACUACACUCACAUAAUGCAGAGAGAGUACGGUGACGUCAAAAUGCACGUUACUCUUAUGAACACAAAGUUGAGGAAAGAGCAACAAAGACUCGAGGCAGAGAGCAGCAGAACUCAUCGACGAAAGUACAGAGAGUCAUUCGAUGCUAUACAAAUCUUCCAGGAGUUUGGACAAUUCCAGUUUGGGGAAGCCCAGCUCAAGUCUAUUCAUUUGUCAGAACGGCACAAUACCAGUGCAGAUGGCUAUUAUGCUACACGGUGUCAGAUAUCAUUGUAACUAAGCGCAAUGUCACAAAAAAAAAGA